AUGAAGAAGGAAACCACAGAACCGGUUGCGCGCCCUUUCAAAUUAGCGCACCAAAUCCUCAGCUUGACCGGUAUAAAUUUCGAGCGGAAAAGCAUAAUCGGCUUCGUUGAGCUCACGAUCGUCCCAACGAGCGAUUGGCUGCCGGUGAUUCGGCUGAACUGCCGCCAAUGUCGCAUCUACCGGAUCAUAAUCGACGACAGCUAUGAGGCGGGAAUGCACUACUUUGACCCUUUUCAGGAUAUCUGUCAGGGCGAAACAAAAAACAAGUCACUGGAAUUUUUCUCUAAAAGUCACCUCGAUGUCGCAAGGCAAACGGAUCCGGAUCAAAACAAGGGCGAGCUAGUGAUCGUCGUGCCGGAGGAGGCAAAGUUUCUAAUCUGCGAAGGACGAGGUUUGCGCAUCGGUAUCGAGUUCUCGCUCGAGGACCCACCCGGUGGUGUUCACUUUGUUAUUCCAGAUGGUGAGGGCACGAUGGAGGAACGAGCGGCGCACAUGUUCACGUACGGGCACGAAAAUUCAUCCCGUAUGUGGUUCCCGUGCGUCGACAGCUACUCGGAACCGUGCACCUGGAAGCUCGAGUUCACCGUAGACAAAACUAUGACCGCCGUGUCGUGUGGCGAGCUUGUCGAGGUUGUAAUGACGCCCGAUCUGCAGCGGAAAACGUAUCACUACACCGUGUCGGUUCCGGUGUGCGCGCCCAAUAUCGCGCUGGCUGUCGGGCCGUUCGAGAUUUUUGUCGAUCCGCACAUGCACGAGGUGACACACUUCUGCCUACCACAGUUGCUGCCGUUGCUGAAGAAUACGGUGCGUUACCUGCACGAGGCGUUCGAGUUUUACGAGGAAGCACUUUCGACGCGAUAUCCGUUCUCCUGCUACAAGCAAGUCUUCGUCGACGAGAUCGACAACGAGUGUAACGCGUACGCCACUAUGACUAUCCUCUCGACGCAUCUGCUGCACUCGAUCGCCAUCAUCGAUCAGACGUUUCAUUCGCGCAAGGUGAUGUCGAAAGCGAUUGCGGAGCAGUUCUUCGGGUGCUUCAUCACGAUGGAGAACUGGUCCGAUGCGUGGCUGGCGCGCGGUAUUGCCGAGUACCUUUGUGGCCUGAAUUCGAAGAAGUGCUUCGGCAACAAUGCGUACCGUAGCUGGAUUCGUGGCGAGCUGGACGAGGUGGUACGGUACGAAGAAAAGUACGGGGGUAUUAUUCUCGAUUGCAGUCAGCCCCCGGCUCCACCGGCCGUUUCCAGUAUCAACAGUUCCCCGGCAGCUCCGAUGAAGGCGUACAACGACAAUCCUUUCUAUUUUCCCAUCAAAAACCUGCACACCCUCUCGCCCAAGUACAUCGAAAUGAUGCGCAAGAAGGCACACUUGGUCAUACGCAUGCUGGAGCAUCGCAUAGGACAGGAGCUACUGUUGCAGGUGUUUAACAAGCAGCUCGCGUUGGCUUCAAACGCUGCCGGGACGAAGAUUGGUGGCGGGCUUUGGGGUCACCUGCUAAUCUCCACGACCGUUUUCACGAAGGCAAUCUUCACCGUGACCGGUAAGGAUAUGGAGGUUUUUAUCGACCAAUGGGUGCGCACCGGUGGACAUGCCAAGUUCACCAUGACCUCCGUGUUUAACUCGAAGCGUAACACGAUCGAGCUCGAGAUCCGGCAGGAUUGCGUUAAUCAGCGUGGUGUGCGAAAGUACGUCGGACCGCUGCUGAUUCAGUUGCAGGAGCUCGACGGUACGUUCAAGCACACGCUACAGAUAGAGAACAUUAUCGUAAAAUCGGACAUCACGUGUCACUCGAAAAGCCGUCGUAACAAGAAGAAGAAAAUUCCACUCUGCACCGGCGAGGAGGUGGACAUGGAUCUUUCCCCGAUGGCUGAAUCGCCUGUUCUUUGGAUUCGUCUGGAUCCGGAAAUGACACUGCUGCGUUCUGUCAACAUCGAGCAGCCAGAUUUUCAGUGGCAAUUCCAGUUGCGUCACGAACGCGAUGUAACGGCGCAACUGGAGGCUAUCAAGGCGUUGGAAAAGUAUGCAACACCGCAAACGCGGCUCGCCCUUACCGACACGAUCGAAAGUGAGCGCGUGUUCUACGUAGUGCGGUGUCAGGCUGCGCUUUGCCUUACGAAGGUGGCGAAUGCAAUGGUGACCUCGUGGCAGGGCCCACCGGCCAUGCUGACGAUCUUCAAGAAGUUUUUCGGUUCAUUCAGCGCACCGCACAUCAUUCGGCAGAAUAAUUUCACCAACUUUCAGCACUACUUCCUGCAGAAGACGAUCCCGAUAGCGAUGGCCGGAUUGCGGACGGCACAUGGUAUCUGUCCACCGGAGGUGAUCCGUUUUCUGCUCGAUCUGUUCAAGUACAACGACAAUUCGAAGAACCAUUACUCCGAUAAUUACUACCGUGCGGCUUUGGUUGAGGCGCUCGGGGACACGAUCACACCCGUAAUCUCGGUGGUACACCAGGGUCGGGCACUGUCUUCGGAAAGCUUGUCAGCCGACGCGAAAUUGGUACUGGAGGAGGUGACACGUAUCCUUAACCUAGAAAAACACCUGCCUUCGUACAAAUACACGGUGUCGAUAGCGAGCCUGAAGGUGAUUAGAAAGCUGCAAAAGUGCGGCCAUCUGCCAACGAAUCCGAAGGUUUAUCGAAGCUACGCCGCUUACGGGCAAUACAUAGAUGUGCGCCUCGCCGCGAUGGAGUGUUUGGUAGAUUACGUAAAAAUCGACGGUCGCUGGGAGGAUCUCGAGCAUCUGAUGGAGCUGUUAGAGACAGAUCCGGAUCCGAUGGCAAGGCAUCAGCUCGGGCGGUACAUGAUCGAAGCACUGCCAUUCGAUAAAUCCAACCGGCACCGGUUAGAUCGGGAAGCACUAGCGCUACGUGUGUGGGACAAUAUGAACUCAAAACUAUCUCAUGACACUCGGCUCCGGUGUGAUAUGGUCGAUCUGUAUUACACGCUGUACGGUGUACGCAUGCCGCAUUGUUUGGCCAACCAAGAACUAGGAUCUAUUCUGCGUCCUCAGAAGCUCGGUCUGGGGUAUUACGUUGAUGGGUCUUCAAACCGGAACAGCAGACGUAGCUCACCGACGGGAGAUGAAGUUUCGCUCAGUUCAUAUACGAUACCGAAGCGGGACCGCUCCGUCACACCGGAACCGACCGAUGUUAAGCGAUCGUUCGACAUGAUUGAGGUUGGCGACACGCAGGUCAUGAUACCGAGGAGCCGAGAAAUCUCUCCCUUUACGGAAGCCGAGAAUCGAGCCAGGCAGGAGGACAACGAACGAGUAGCGCGUGAAAAUCAGCGCAUAAUCGAGACGGUUGAGGCCAGCAUCAAGAAGGAGGCCAGUGAAGCGAGUCAAAAAUUGGCGAGCUCCUCCGUGAAGGACGAAGUUAUCGAUCUGGAUGACGUUGAGCCACCUGCAAGUGCGUUCGAAAAGGAGCCCCCGUCGAAAAAGAUUAAGGCCGAAUUUUAUUCGGAUAAUUCCAUUUCACUGCCUGGUAUCAGUAUGGGCAGCUCGAAGGCCACCGGUCCGACCGGAUUCGAACCGGGUAUGUUUGGUGCGGGAACUGGUACCAAAGCAGCAGUGCUCAAUGACCCGUCUGUUUCCGGAGAUGCGAAUAGCUCAAAGACCGACAGUGGCAAGAAAAAGAAAAAGAAGGAUAAAAAGAAACAUAAGCACAAACACAAGCAUAAGCACAAUAAGGAUAAGGAUCGAGAGCGAGAUCGCGACAAGGAUAAAGAACGUGGUGAUCGUGAGCGAGAAAAGAGCAAGGAAAAGAAGGAUCCCAACUUUGUGCGUGUUGUUAAGGAUGAAACGCAGGAAACUCUGAGUUCUGCGGAUAGCUCCAGUCGCGAUAGCAACCCCACCACACUGGAUUUGACACUUUAAUUCCAUU